AUGCUGAAAUACGCUUUGCUGUGUGGGCUUCUUGCUUUAAAUUUGUCCGGAGCUUUGGCAGAAUCCGAUAUGAUUUGUCGUUUGACGGACGCUCCUAGCCAGUGCGGAGCAUUCUGUCUGUCUACACUAGCGCCCGUGUACAAUAAAUUGGGAAUUCCCAACAAUCUGGCGAACUGCAGUGAAUUAAGCAAGGCUAACGAGGUCCUGGUAAGACAGAACACUAUGGAUAGCCAAUUGAAUGCUCUGCAGAAUAAGCUAGCAAGCAAUGAAGUCGCACUGACUUCUCUGCAGGAUAAGCUAGCCAGCAUUGAAGUCGCACUGAACUCUUCCUUGGACAGAAAACUGGAUAACAACGAACAGAACUUUACUAAACAACUUAAUGGCUUGGAAAGCAAACUUUCGGACCUAGGGGCAAAACUCUUAAAACACGACGGAUUCCAGCGAAUCGGCUCAAAAUACUAUUACAUAGAAGGAAAAACCCAGGAGCGCUGGCACUUUGCUGCAACAACUUGUUACGCUAAGCAAAGUGAUCUGGCGUACAUUAAGGACGCUGCAGAUCUUGCCGCCAUUACGUCGAAUGUCUUGAGAAACACGUAUUACUGGCUGGGAAUCAGCGACUUGGCCAACGAGAACCAAUUCUUAUCCCUAUCCACGGGCAAGCCGGCUUCCUUUUUUAAUUGGUCCCCGUGGAAAAAAGAUUCCACCGAUGUAAACAACCCGAACUGUGUGUGUUUAUACAAUGGGAAAAUAGACGUUAAGGAAUGCAUAAAUGACUUUCUGUUUAUUUGCCAGGCAGAGAACCCUUAAGGUGUAUAAUUGUAUACAUGAGAAUGGAUAUAUGGCCAUAUGCAAAAGCCUCAUUGAUAUGCUCAUGAUAGAACGAGAUGGCUAAUGCAUACAACAAGAUUAGCGCGAAUCAUAUUGGGAAUUGUCUCUUCUGGGAAAUGGGAAAUGUCUUUUCUGCCAGUGGUUGAGUUAGUUGAAAUUAGACGACAAGUGCAGUCGCAUUGAAAAGAAAAAUAAAUAUUGUUUUGUUUAA